AAGCAAAAAGGUCCUGUUGAUGUGGAGAAACAAUGUGGUGUUGCGUUACCAAAUGGAGGAUUUUGUGCUAGGUCAUUAACUUGUAAAACACAUUCAAUGGGUGCUAAAAGAGCUGUUCCAGGUCGUUCAGCUUCUUAUGAUACAUUAUUA